AAUUAAUGAAAAAGAUAUCCAUACUCUUGUAUAAAAUAACAUUUGAAAAGGACAAAAAUAUGAAAAACUUGGAAUUGUUUUUCAUUUUGACACUUUUUUGUACUAUUUGCGCGGGGUCCAGGGGAUUAAGAUCUACUUCAAAAGUGGAGAAAGUUAACCAAAAAGCAAGACGAUGCUCAAGCAAAGCGAGAACCCAUCAUCUCGAUGACAAUUCAAAUGAAAAGCAGUCAGACUCGAGGGAGUCCAAAGAAUCCCAAGGAUCUGACGAAAAUAGUUUAAAAGCAGACAAAGCGUUGACGAUCAGUAAAGCUCAAAAGAGUGUGAAUGUUGUUGAUACAGACACAAUGACAAUACCAGAAGAAGAGGAAUUGCCACAUAUAACUGACAUGAAGCCAAUUUCACCGGAAACAGAAUGCCCAGAUAAGGCUGAUGAUAUAUGUUGGGAUAUGGAGGAACAUUGCAACGGUCCCAUCUUUAAUAUUGUGUUGAGGUGGGGAACCUAUUGUGAAAGUGAUGAAGAUUGUAAAGAGGUUGAUCCAUGCCAGAGUGGAAAAUGCUGUGAGAUUCCUUGUGAAAAUGUGCAAAAGAUGUGCCGGUACCCAACAAAUUAUCAUGAUCUUGCGAAUUCUUUUAGUCCAGAGCGGCUUCGGGAUUCAUAAGAACUCAAUGAUCAAGUGCUUAUACGGCAAAUAAUUGAAAAUUUCUUUUAUUCAGAGUUGAUAAUAAAAAGUUUUCUAAUUGACGACA